CAGCGAAAAGUCUGUGACCCCAAGUUUCGGCCGAACGUCUUGGAGAAGCCAGAACUCAUAGAAAAGGUGGUGAAGCUGGAGGAAAUGAAGAAGAUGAUUCUCGAUUACCGGGCGACAGACUUCGACGACUGCGUUGCCUUUGCCCAUAUGUGUUUCGAGGAGCAGUACAAGGGAAAGAUAGAGCAGCUUCUUCGUAUUUUCCCCAAAAAUUACGAGACAAAAUCUGGUAUGCCAUUCUGGUCUGGCCUGAAACGCUGCCCUCACCCCAUUGAGUUUGACCCUGAAAAUGCCCUGCACAUUGACUACAUUGUGAGUGCAGCAAACCUGCGUGCCACGAUGUUUGGCAUUCCGCACAUUACGGACCGUAAGGUGAUCGCCGAAAUGUUAUCAAGAGUGCUCAACAAAGUUGAAGUUCCUGCAUUCCAUCCACCACCGAACCCAGACCCAAGUGUUUCCUUCCACCAUGGCAGCUUUGCAGUCAUACAGAAUGACUCAGCACGCUUAGAUCAGGUGAUUCAAGCCCUUGCAGAUUGGGACAAGCUCAAAGACAUGCACCUGACGGCGAUAGAGUUCAACAAGGACAACGACCUGCAUGUCGACUUCAUUGUUGCGGCGUCCAACCUGCGCGCCACCAACUACAACAUAGUGCCAUCAGACAAAGGCAGAAGCAAGCUCAUUGUGGACGAGAUCAUACCGGCCAGUUCCACCACUACGUCACUCGUCGCGGGUCUUGCCUGCCUUGAACUGCUCAAGUUGGCUCAAAAUCACGAAAAGCUGGAGCUCUUCAGGAACAGCUUCGUCAACCUGGCAUUGCCUUUCUUCAGCUUUUCUGAGCCGAUUCCUCCAGCAGAGAAAACGGUGACGACUGCUAUGGAGCCCUGUGACGUCAAAGUUUGUAGCGCUGAAGCAACAGCGAGAAGCUCUGAAAGCUACAUUUUAGAGCUGCAGUUGGAAUUUGACGACAUUUUACAAAAAGGAACAAGAACCAGCGCGUUGGAAGAGAUGCAACGCUCCGUUUAUAAUUUAGUUGCGAGAAAGCAGGAGGAUCAGAUUUACGACUCAGUUUGCCACGCAUUAAUCACACGGUUAAGGAAAGUGCGGGCCACCGUUUUGGAUAAAGUGGACGAGAGGUUUGUCGAGACAGUGACCCAGGCCUGGAGAGAGUAUAUUGAAAGAGCAAGAAUGGUUUGUGAUGUUGUGGAGUACCUCGAGAAAAGUAGUUGUCCCACAGAGCCACCUAGAUUGCUUUAA